AUGUCAGAUUCUAAGCAGGCUGCCCGUGACCAGACAGCUUAUCAGCUGAACCUUUCCGCCACCGCUGCAAAUACCCUCCAAAAACAAGGGGAGGACUCGGCAAAAAGACGGGGGAAGACUUUCGAGCCGCAGGAGCUCAGGUUCCCCAACCCGAAUGAGGAGAACAGCAUGCACCAGGCUGAAACAGCUCCUAAAGAGCUUCUUGGACUGGCUGAUAAAGAUAAAGAAGAAGUCGAAGUGGACAACUUGACGGGAUUCUAG